UUUCGCUCACGAGGUAGCCGCUCAGAGGUUAUUGAAGGACGCAGGGACCGUCGUCUUCGUUGCGAACGCCGGACAAGAUUUGAAGGAUCUAUCUUUGGACGAUCUAUCUUUCAAUGAACGGAAGGGUCGUAGAGGAGCUCAACAAGCGCUUCCCUCGCUAUUCUUUCUACAAUCUAUGGCCAGGGCUCAUCAACACUCCCACAUUCACAUACGACUGGGCACCAUUCCCUUUCGAUUGGGUCAUGUGGCUUGGCAUGUUCAUCAUCGGAAGUACAAGAGACAUCUUCGCACCCGUCCCUAUAUACAUCGGCCUUUGUGAGCCAGAUGAGAGAAAACGCAUGCUCGGCGAUGGACAAGCUUGGAAGUACAAUAUGGGGCCUUCGAAACCUGGAUCUUGGGCUACCAAUGCGAUAAAUCGGUAUUCUCCUCAGUAUGAACAUUGCUUUCGUCUGAGCCACUCAUCAUCUUAUAAAUGAACUUUUACGACUGUUCAUCGACUGUCAUGGCAUGUGUGCUUCCGAAACGUGCGCCGCUCUGAGGGUACUGAUUGGCUCCGAUCUCGCCAAUGCAUUCUACUGUAUACCCCCACUCUAUUUAUGGUCUUAC